AUGAGGGAAACACGCGUAUUUGACAUAGCAGUGAAUCCAACGUACUACAAGAAGGAUGCAUUGGAUAAGAUAAUGGAUAGGGCAACAGAGAAUGAGGUAACAUGUCUAUUUAUAGGAUGUGACAUGGAAAGCAGUACAAAAGUACUGGAACUGUGUAAGGAGUACAAGGCGGUGAUGUGUGCUGGGGUACAUCCAAACCACAUUGAUAAGGAUGAAGCAGAAAGUGGUUUGGAUAACCUGAGUGACUUCAUAUUGUCUAAUAGAGAACAUGUUGUUGCUAUUGGAGAGUGUGGGCUUGAUUAUUGCAGAAGUGGUAACAAAAUGGACCAGAAACGUGUAUUCAGAAGGCAGUUGGAGUUAUAUGGGAUGAAUGUGCCGUAUUUAUUCCACCAAAGAGAUGCAUUUGAUGACUUCUAUAAAAUGAUCAGGGUGUAUCCAGGAAUCACAGGUGUAGUACACAGCUACACUGGUACAAUUAAAGAAGCAAAGAAGUUGGUUGAAUUAGGACUGUAUAUUGGAUUGAAUGGAUGCAGUCUUAGGCAAAAUACAGAUCUAGCAGCACAACUGCCUAUUGACAGGAUACUGGUGGAAACAGACAGUCCAUUCUGUUUGAUUAGAAAGAGUUAUGCGGCAUCAGAAUAUGUUUCUGUACGAAAGGCGAAGGAGAAUGAGCCAUCGUUUAUAAGUGACGUAAUAGAAGUGAUAGCAGGGGUUAAGAGGAUGUCAUAUGAGAGUGUGCAGGAAGCAGUCAAGGAAAACACAGUUAGAUUGCUAUUCAAGAAGUAG